CGGCUAACAAUAGCCGCAAGUUUACGGAGGAACCGAGCAGGAGGCGACGGAGCAGCAGGCGGAGCCGACGGGGAGCAACUCUGCACCGAAUACAUGAGACGGAGGCUCCCGGGGGCGGACAACCGGCUGGAUUCACGUUCGGAACCGGACCAGGCUGCAGAUAAAAAAACUGACUGACUGAAGUUUCUGUUGGAGGAGCGACGACGACACGACGUUAACAGGAGCGUCCGGCUGCAACCUAUCUGAAGAUGUCUGAUAAUGGGGAGGUCGAGGACAAACCUCCAGCUCCACCCAUGAGGAACACCAGCACCAUGAUUGGCUCCUGCAACAAAGACCCCGCCCCCCUGAACCACGGCUCUAAGCCCCUCCCACCAAACCCGGAGGACAAGAAGAAGAAGGACCGGUCGAUCCGCUUCAUCCUGACAGGAGGAGGAGACAAGACCUACAAGAAGAAGGAGCGUCCAGAGAUUUCUCUGCCGUCUGACUUUGAGCACACCAUCCAUGUGGGCUUCGACGCCGUCACCGGAGAGUUUACUGGGAUGCCGGAGCAGUGGGCUCGACUCCUGCAGACGUCCAACAUCACCAAACUGGAGCAAAAGAAGAAUCCUCAGGCCGUCCUCGACGUCUUGAAGUUCUACGACUCGAAGGAAACGACCAACAGCCAGAAAUACAUGAGCUUCACAGAUAAAAGUGCCGACGCCUUCAGCUCCUCCACCACGACGAGCUCCAAGGCCGUGUCGGAGACGCCCGCCAUAGCAACCGUAUCCGAGGACGAGGACGAAGACGAGGCCGAGCCGCCGCCGGUGAUCGCCCCCCGACCAGAACACACCAAAUCAAUCUACACUCGCUCCGUCAUCGAGCCCCUCCCUCCUCCUCCCACCAAAGAUGCUGCCACCUCGCCCAUUGCCGUGCCAACCGCCGCUGCUGCCGCCGUAAGCCCCGUCCCCCCGGUGGACGGAGCCCCCAGCAGCCCCCCCAGUGCGAGCCCCGCCCCCGGCCCCUCUCUGCCCCGCCCACAGGACAAAUCCAGGAAGAAGAAGAUGUCGGACGAAGAGAUUCUGGAGAAACUACGGACGAUUGUAAGCGUCGGAGAUCCCAAGAAGAAAUAUACUCGCUUUGAGAAGAUCGGACAGGGGGCGUCUGGAACCGUUUAUACAGCGAUCGACGUAGCUACAGGACAAGAGGUCGCCAUAAAACAGAUGAACCUGCAGCAGCAGCCCAAGAAGGAACUGAUCAUCAACGAGAUCCUGGUGAUGAGGGAAAACAAGAACCCCAACAUCGUCAACUAUCUGGACAGCUACCUGGUGGGAGACGAGCUCUGGGUGGUGAUGGAGUAUCUGGCUGGAGGCUCUCUGACUGACGUCGUCACGGAAACCUGCAUGGAUGAAGCUCAGAUCGCUGCCGUCUGCAGAGAGUGUCUGCAGGCGCUGGAGUUCCUCCACUCCAACCAGGUCAUCCAUCGAGACAUCAAGAGCGACAACAUCCUGCUGGGGAUGGACGGAUCCGUCAAACUCACUGACUUCGGCUUCUGCGCUCAGAUCACUCCAGAGCAGAGCAAACGCAGCACCAUGGUGGGGACUCCGUACUGGAUGGCUCCAGAGGUGGUGACCCGGAAGGCGUACGGACCCAAAGUGGACAUCUGGUCUCUGGGCAUCAUGGCCAUCGAGAUGGUGGAAGGAGAACCGCCGUACCUGAACGAGAACCCGCUCAGGGCUCUGUAUCUCAUAGCAACCAACGGAACACCGGAGCUGCAGAACCCAGAAAAACUGUCGACGAUAUUCAGAGACUUCCUGAACCGCUGCCUGGAGAUGGACGUGGAGAAGAGAGGCUCAGCCAAGGAGUUACUGCAGCAUCAGUUUCUGAAGAUGGCGAAGCCUCUGUCCAGUCUGACUCCUCUGAUUCUGGCCGCCAAAGAGGCAGCAAAGAACAACCGCUAGCAGACCUUCAGACCUUCAGACCUUCAGACCUUCAGACCUUCCUCCUCCUCCUCCUCUUUCCUCCAUCUGUCCUUCAGUUCUUCUUCUUGUGUUUUGUAACUCGCUGCGAUGCCUCUUUUACCCCCCUGACCUCUGACCUUAUUGCCCCACCUGAAGGACAGUUUUCCUCCUGAAGCUUCUUCUUUGAUUCUCCACCAGACAGGAAGUCACUCAUCCCGACUUCCUGUCCGGUGGAGAAUCGAAGUCUCUUUGGCAGACAGGAAGUCAGGAUGAGUGACGUCAUCGGUUGAUCUGUGAUCCAGUGAUGUCAUCGCUGACAUCAAACAACCCAGUGUUUGUGUGUGUGUGUGUGUGGGGGGGGUCUCACCAGAGCCCAAAGACUCAUGGGAGUGUGAGUUUUUUUAUUUUUAAAUCAAUGUUGGUUUGUUUUUGUAAACAAACCAACAUUGAAACACGACAACCAACCAUCUUCUCAGUGUGUGGUUGUGUCUGGUUGUGUCUGGUUGUGUGUGUGAUGGGGAAUGUUGUGGUAUGGAUUCUGUUGGUUGUAGCGUUUCCUUCUGUAGUUUGGCAGCAGCAGUGUUUGCUCUCUGAGCUGUGAGGACGUGAACGUUAACACUGGUGCUCAGAGCCACAGAUGGACGCAAGUUUGGACACGAUGGAGUAAAAGUUCUAGAAAACAGGUCAGACCAUGAGGCUGGAUGAGUCCAAAGUUGUGCAAAAACAGUUAUGUUCCUCCUGUUGGUAAAAAUAAUGGAUUAAUCCUGGAAGUAGAUGUAGAUCUUUCCUCCUUCUUACAGUAACACCAGAGAUUGUCCAACCAAUGAGAACUUGGUUCCUAAUCGAUGAGCUGAUUGGAAGACUGUAGCAGAAAGUUGGACUUUUAGCAGCGUCUCGUGUUCCUGCAAAAGUUUAUCUGGACUGUUAUGUGAUCAAAUAAUUCCAGUAACUGCAUAUCGCUGUUCUUCUUCCUUCUGGUCCAUCUGUGGUUCUGGAGCUUCGUCUUUGGGCUCCUGAGACUGGAGGGAGGAUGUUGCAUGUCGGCAGCCGUUUUUUUAUGGUACGUCCAGAGAUAAAGAAAAUGAUACAUGAGCUGUGAUGAUUCGUGAAGGAUGCUUGGAGAGAUAGAGAUCUUAAUCCUAUUUUCAGAAGAAUGACACAAAUAGAUGCUCCGAUGGUACGAUGACGGUGGUUUGUUGUUUUUUAAGAACCUGUUUCAGCUCCUGUUUACACGUUUUCUACAUGAGUUCACUGCUCCUUUCUGAUUUGGAUGUAGAGAUUUGAGUAUUUGUUUUGGAACAAAGUUUAUUCUUCUCAGCAAAAAAACAACAACAAAAACAGACGGGUUUGAAUUCAGAUUAAUCAGAAAACCUCCUGCGAUGUAAAUAUUCAGACAUUUCCAGAACAUUUACUCAAAACCGUCACUUUGAUUUCUGCUUUUAGUUGUUUUUUUUAUUGUUAUUUUUAUGUGACGUUGAUGUACCUCUGGCCUUAAACUGUUUCUAAGGUGCAAGACUUUGUUUGUGUCAGUGUGAUGUUCGAAGCACUCAGCAGGAUUUACAGCUAAAGGAGGAUAUUAUUCACUGUUAUCUGUUUGUUAACCGAUUAAUCGGUCAAAAAGCAGAAGAAACGUCUUCUUGAAAGUUCUUAAAAUGUUGGUUUAUGGUGAAAUAAAACCCCAGAAACAAACAGAAUAAAUGAUUAAUUGAUUAUCAAACAUCUGCAGCAGGAAGAGGAUUCUGCUAAUUGAGUAAAAUCACAUGUUUAUGAUUUUUAUGCCGCCACAGGUUUGGACUCUGGGUGUAGAAAGAGCUGAACGAAAAGUCAGAAAUAUGUCAAAUCUGCCAGGAAGUGCUGCUGCGUUUGUGUUUGCUGGUCUGAAUCCCGACUCAAAGCUGGAAUUAAAGUGGUUUUCAUUUUACAUUUGACAGAAAAGUCAAGAAGACGCUGCUCCAUGUGCAGUUAUUUAAAAAAAACAGUUCUGGACCAGUUUGUUGAUCAAAAACCACAAAAUCGGGACUGAAAAUGAUCAAAUGUAUGACUUUGUGACAAUGAAGAUGUUCUUCCACUGAGAUCUGUGUUGAUCUGAUCCAUUCAACCUGCUGCACUUUGCAUUUAGCAGCAUCAUUUCUACAUCAGGACAUAAACUCCACCCGGCUGGCGGUGCGAGGACAUUAAAACAAACAGACCCUGAUAGAUGAUUUUGUGUUUUCAGUCUUCAAAGAACGAAGGUGAGAGAAUAAAGUGGUUGAUAAUGACUGGAUGCAGCAUUUUAAAAACUAGAAAAACAUUUUACUGCAUUAACAGACUGUUGACCAGCUCAGAGGGGGAUUCAGACUUGGUACGGUCCAGGUUCUGCUGUAAAUGGUACGGUCCAGUGUUUGCUGUUUCUGAGGUCAAACGAAGUCUUCAUCCACUCAGUGUUUCAGAGCCAUAAUUUAUCUGUUUAUGAGUCAUUUUGAUUUUUGAAACAACUCCAAAAAAUUAAAAAAAUGGAACUACAAAAACUGAAAA